UCUCAUGCUCGCUCACUUGACACUGUUAAUGGUGCUCAGAGUAGCUUCACUGUAGCUGGCGUAAACCUUUCCUCUACUCUGAUGAUAUUCAGCCCUCCGUCGUUCUAGCUACGAAGUUGCCGUGUGGUCGCCGUGAGCAUGGCGGACCGGGAGGAGCGCCGCUUCGCCGAGGUUUCCCGGGAGUCUGUCAAACUCAUGGCCGAGAGUGCAGGCGUGGAGCUGGGCGACGAUGUGGCGGCACUGCUGGCUGAGGACGUGUGUUACCGGCUGAGGGAGGCAACUCAGAGCAGCUCUCAGUUUAUGAGACAUGCCAAGAGGAGGAAGCUGACAGUGGAGGACUUCAACAGAGCUCUGCGCUGGAGCAACGUGGAGGCCAUAUGUGGCUACGGCGCCCAGGAUGCUCUGCCUUUCCGCUCAGCGAAGGAAGGAGAGCUUUUCUUCAUUGAGGAUCGGGACAUCAACCUGGUUGAGUUGGCUCUGGCCACCAACAUUCCCAAGGGCUGUGCUGAGACCAUGGUGCGAGUAAAUGUGUCUUACCUGGAUGGGAAAGGAAACCUGGAACCUCAGGGAACAGUUCCCACAGCUGUGCAGUCUCUGUCAGAGGACCUGUUGAAGUACUACCAGCAGAUCACACGGGCCAUCCUGGGAGAGGACCCCCACCUCAUGAAGGUGGCUCUGCUGGACCUUCAGUCCAACUCCAAGAUUGCUGCACUCCUGCCAUACUUUGUUUAUGUCAUCAGUGGGGUGAAGUCAGUAAGCCAUGAUCUGGAGCAGCUCAACAGGCUCCUCCACAUGGUGAAGAGCCUGGUGCAGAACCCCUACCUGUACCUGGGCUCAUACGUGCGCAGCCUGGUCUCCAGUGUCAUGUACUGCAUCCUGGAGCCACUGGCCGCCUCCAUCAACCCGCUCAACGACCACUGGACCCUUAGGGACUACGCAGCCUUGCUCCUCAGCCACAUCUUCUGGACUCAUGGUGAUCUGGUGAGUGGGCUCUACCAUCAGAUCCUGCUGUCACUCCAGAAGGUUCUGUCUGACCCAGUAAGACCACUCUGCUCCCACUAUGGAGCCGUGGUGGGGCUUCAUGCUCUGGGAUGGAAGGCUGUCGAGAGAGUGCUCUUUCCACACCUUCCUGCUUACUGGGCCAACCUCCAGGCCGUGCUGGAUGACUACUCUGUUUCCAAUGCCCAGGUCAAAGCAGAUGGACAUAAGGUCUAUGGAGCCAUUCUGGUGGCAGUGGAGCGUCUGCUGAAGAUGAAGGCUCUGUCUCUGUCCCAGCCAGCAGAGGGAGGCUCCAGUGGUCAGCCAGGCUCCGUGGUAGGUGCUAUGGGUUAUAGGGUGAGCUCCCCCGGCCUCAGUCCUCCUCCAGAGCCCCUGUCAGAGGCUGUCCUGGGAAUCGCCAGCCACCUUCAGGCAGGUGGGGCCGGCUGUCCUUGGGAGGAGUGGACCCCGGUCCCUCUCCCUGCCAUGUACUGUGAGCUCUACUCCUUCUUUGGCGACAGCCUGGCUGUCAGGUUCAGUACAGGGCCUGGGUUUGGCAGCUACCCUCCCUGCACCCCGUCUCAGCUCAGUGAUGCCAGGAAGGAACCUCCUGGCCCUGCCUCCAACCCUGACACCACCCGAAAGAUGCCUCAACUGACUGCCAACCUUAACAUCAGCCCCAGGCAGGAUGGGAGUCCGCGCACUGAUCCACCCCCACCCAGCCUGGCAGCUACUGGGUCAGGAAGGUCCCUGGCUCGCUCCUCUUCUUCCUCCUCCUCUUCCUCUAUGCAGCGCUCCAGAUCUUCCUCAUCACGUUCAGGUCAGCGUCCAGCGGGUCUCUCUCGGGACGUUUUCCCCAAGGCUCGCUUCACCUCUCCUCAGACAGGACUUCCGGUGUUCUCCUUUCUUAUUGGCGGGCGGCAAAUGGGUCGCCGUUGCCAAGGCCGCCGCCCCUUCCAGACCACUUUUGCCCCAACUCCACCUCUCCCCGCCAUCCCACCACGUGCCUACGCCCACAAACUGCCUGUCAUCGGCAGGGUGGGCAAACCUGUGCGCCGCUGGGCGUGUUCCCAUUACUCCCUUCAUCUGCCGCUCUAGAGGAGAGAGUCUGAGAAAUGAGCUUCAGACUACAGGGUUUGACAGCUACAGACUUGAAAAGGCCCAUAUUCAUAUUUUUCAGCUUCAGCUGCCAAUAGUUGUUCUUAUGUGAUAUUUUCAUAGUUGAAUUGCCAGAAUUCUGUUUUAUUAUCUGGAUGGACAACAACAUUUGGACCAUAAUUCACUGAGGAAACAAAAGUCUGAAAAGUACAUGUAGUGUUUUAUUUCUGACUUUGGCACCAACGCAUCUCACCUGGAAAAACUGGGAUGAACAAAUACAGACUGCAGCGAUGUUCACCAGGGAAUUUUUUUUAAAACAAAAGCUUCAGCAUUAUUUGAAAGAUGCUAUAAUUAAAUAAAAAAUAGAUAUAUGCCACAAUGCCACGUUGUUAUUCAGAA